AUGGCAGCAGCAGUAGUUUAUGGUUUGUUCGAUACAACAACUAGAGGCCCUUUCUACAACAGUGUUCUCGUGAGGGCACAACAAAUCUACAUGCAAGCUACUGCUCUACCGGAUGAGGAUCAUCCUGAAAAUAUUCCACCACCACAGGAGAGAAUUCAACACGGUGGCCACGGUAAUAUUCUUCAAGCACAUGAAUUUGAUGGUUAUGAUGAUGACGACGACGAUGAUUAUGAGUAUGAUGAUUUACAUGGACAACUGGUCCAACUUAAUAAUGGGGAGAUUGUCAGGCUUGGGGAUGCAUUUGCUGUAAUCUAUGAAGAUUUGGGCCAACAAAGUAAUCUGUACCAAGAAAUAAUCUCAGAGCAUCUGCAAACUAUAAAGUACCAAAAACUUGCUAAGCAAGACGAAGAUAAAGAUGAGGCGGAUGAACUUUGCGUAAUAUGCCAAGAUGGAUUUGAAAGCGAAGACAUGUUGGGAACUCUAGGAUGCCAACACGAGUUCCAUGCCGAUUGUAUAACCAGAUGGUUGCAAGUGAAGAAUGUCUGCCCAAUCUGCAAGCGCAUGGCAGUUCAUCAUCAAGGAAACUAA